AUGUCACGCGCCUCGGCCGGCUUUGCAGACUUCUUCCCCACGGCUCCUUCGGUUUUGCAACGUAAGCGCGUCAAGGCAGGACAUGACCGGCGAGACAGAGAUGUGGAUGGCGACUCUACCGACACCACCGCUUUACCGGCCCUCGCCGCAUCCUCUAUAUCCACUUCCACAUCUGCCGCCGCUCCGGCCGCUAUAACUUCGUCGGUCCCUGCUAGGGAGGAAGUGAAUGUUCAAACAGAGUCAGAACCAAGCGCGACCAACUCCGAACAUGCAUUACCUCAAGAAUCUCACCUCGCGGGCCUUCUCCCAGCCUCGGCGACCACCCAUCCCCACAUUGAUACCUUGACACCCCUCACAAAUGCAGAACCGUCCCCGCCUCGGAAAGUCACCAGCCCGCAGUCGAAAAUGGCUGCAGAUGGAUCGCCGGAUAAUCAUGGCGAUCGCUCAUUGGAACCGUCCAAAUCCUCCAUGACCCCAAUUCACACCCCGCCCACUCCGCAAUCGCAAACUCGCCAAGAUCAUGUGGUCAAGGUCUCCAAAGCAAUCUACGACCCGGAUCUAGAUAAGCGGGGCUCGAAGGAGAGAAAGAAGAAACCUGAAUAUACCGAUAUCCUCGUCAAUGGCCAAGCCAGACCUCCGGACCCACGCCUAGCCAUCGCCAACUACACCCGUGGCUCCGGCUGCAAGCAAAAAGCUAAAUAUCGACCCGCCCCCUACUACCUCAAGCCUUGGCCGUAUGAUGCAGCGACAAGCAUUGGACCGGGUCCGCCCAUUCAGGUCGUUGUCACGGGCUUCGACCCCCUCACGCCAGUCGCUCCGAUCACUGCGCUCUUUUCCAGCUUCGGUGACAUAGCGGAGAUUAAGAACCGCACAGAUCCCAUCACGGGCCGAUUCCUGGGGAUCUGUUCCAUCAAAUAUAAAGAUACGACUUCUUUUCGUGGCGCGGGUCCGGUCUCGGCUUCGAGUUCGGCAAGGCGGGCAUAUUUCGAAUGCAAGAAGGAACAACGGAUCGGAACGAAGAGGAUCCGCGUUGAACUGGAUCGCGAUGGGAUUGUCUCCGAGCGCAUGGCUUUGAAAACCAUCGAGUCACAGAGGCUGGCUUCCAGAAGCACAUCGACAACGGUGGAUGCCAAAGUCGAAGCCCUGGCGAAAAAGAACGAGCCACCACCUUCCGCGCCAAAGGGUCCUUCAGGGAAGUCAUCUCUGCGUCCUGGACUCGUUGUGCCAGAAGGACCAAGAGCCACUGUUCGAUCUCCUGUGGUGCAGCAAUCGCUAAUCGAAGAGGCCCCAGUAUUGCCUCAACUUAAACGGGAACCCUACAUCUUCAUCGCCCAUUGCUAUGUUCCUGUCCUCGGAACCACGAUUCCGCACCUUAAGAAACGUCUCAAAUUUUUCGACUACAAGGUGAUUCGUUGCGACAAGACUGGCUAUUACAUUAUUUUCGACAAUUCACGGCGAGGCGAAGAAGAAGCAUCACGCUGCUUCCGGUUGUGUCAUAUGCAGCCUCUCUUUACCUAUAUUAUGAACAUGGAAAGUCAAGUUUUUGGCAACCCCAACUACGUGCGCAGUCCAAGCCCCGAGCGGCUCCGGGCCGAGCAAAAGGCCAAGGCCAAACAGGACCGGGCCCGAAAAGAGGCUGAGUUGGAUAUUGAAGAGGAGAAAAAGCAGCGUGCUUUUGACUUAGACCCCUGCCGAGAAGUUCUUUCUAUUAUUAUCCGUGAUCUGAGAGACAAAUUGCUGGAAGAUGUCAAAUCACGGAUCGCUGCACCGACAUUAUACGACUAUCUUGAUCCAGAAAAGCAUGCAGCGAGGCGAGAGAAGCUGGGAAUCCCCGGGCCCGAGGGUACCAAACGUCCCAUGUUCCGCAUUGGGGCUGGUGACACUACGCUCGGUGGCCAAGACUCCGGAUCUGAAAUUUCAAAGUCCCGAGAUCAACACCGAUCAUCGGGCAUUAAUGUCCUUGAUCUUCCGCGUAUCCGCAAAUCCCAUGGCUCGGACCGUGCGGGCACUGCCUUUACGGAUGAGAGAAGGCGCCAACCUCUGCGAAAGAGGGAAAUCCGUCCUCUUUAUCAUCGCCUGCAACAAAUGCAUGAUGAUGACGAUUCGGAUGAUGAUCAGCGUACCCCUCUCACUCGAUAUACCGAGGAGAGGAGUAGCCGGCCCCCAAGUCGAGCAAGUUCUGAUGAGGAUUCCGAGUCGGAUCAAGAGGAGGAAUACCAAUCUGAUGCCUCGAAAAAUGUCACCCCUACGGAAGAUACUUCUGUUCCUGAUGUCGAGACGCUCUCGCCUGGACGUAAGAGGAAACGAUUGACUGAUGAACAUGAUGCGAGAAAGCGCCAAAGACAAGAUGACGAGCUAUUCGGUAUGGAGUCAGGGGAUGAGACGCUUCGUACUAAACAUAUCGAGGCUGCCCCAUCCAUCGACUCCUCACUCGCUCGGGAUGAGACUACCUCAUUUGAUCAAUUGCCGCAGGACGAGCUUGCCGAGCGUGCAUCUGUUAAAGACGUUCUGCUUGACGACGUGUCCGUGGAAGAAGAAGAACCCACUGCUAUCGAUAUACCAAAGGCGGAGGUUCAGUGGGGCGUAUCCCAAGACGAACCACGUGCCACAGUUGAAGAUGACGAGACUAUGAUCUUGGAUUUGGAUGGCUGGCAGCACCUGGUGAAAGACGACGAAGAUCUCCGUUUCCUCCGACAAAUCCUGCUCGACCAAACCGCAUCCCAGAUCGAAAGUCUGGCAGCAUGGGCCUGGCGACAGAAAGAGAUCAAGGCCCUCAACCACGGCACAAGCGGCCCGAUACACACUUCGAUCGGCAUCGCGGGCUACUACGUACCCAACAGCACAGGCGCCGCGCGAACCGAAGGCCGCAAAAGAAUCCUCAACUCGGAGAAAUCGAAAUACCUUCCCCACCGCAUCAAGGUCCAGAAAGCCCGCGAAGAACGCGAGGCAAUGGCCAAAGCCGACCCGCAAGCCGCAGCGGCCGAAGCCGCCAGAAUCGCAGCAGCAAAGACGAUCUCCAAAUCGACUUCGCGAUCAACCCGCGUCAACAACCGCCGCCUCAUUGCCGACAUUAAUGCUCAGAAGCAGGCGCUUCCCACGUCCAGUGGUGAGGGCGAUGUUCUUCGCUUCAACCAGCUUAAGAAACGGAAGAAGCCUGUUCGAUUCGCGCGCUCUGCUAUCCAUAACUGGGGCCUGUACGCCGAGGAGAAUAUCACGGCCAAUGACAUGAUUAUCGAGUAUGUUGGUGAAAAGGUUCGGCAGCAAGUUGCCGAUAUGCGAGAACGACGAUAUCUCAAGAGUGGGAUUGGCAGCAGUUAUCUGUUCCGAAUUGAUGAGAAUACGGUCAUUGAUGCGACGAAGAGGGGUGGAAUCGCGCGGUUCAUCAAUCAUAGCUGCACGCCCAAUUGUACCGCCAAGAUCAUCAAGGUCGAUGGCAGUAAACGUAUUGUGAUUUACGCGCUCAGAGACAUCGAGAGAGAUGAGGAGCUCACAUACGAUUACAAGUUCGAAAGGGAGUGGGGUAGUGAUGAUCGUAUCCCGUGUUUAUGUGGUUCAACUGGCUGCAAAGGAUUCCUCAACUAA